AUGGCUAAACUAGAGUCGACUCCUCAUGCUAUAGAGACCAGCAAAGCUGACGUCGAAACCUCCGAAUCUAUCAAGCCUACCCACACUGUUCGAGGCAAAGACAAGGCUGCUGAGCUCCUUUCAUCGAACGAACGUAUCCUUGUCACACCCGCAGAUAACAAGCGAAUCUUGCGAAAAAUCGAUCUCGUCAUCCUCCCGAUCCUCCUCUCGGUCUACUUUCUCCAGAGUCUAGAUAAGACCACACUAUCAUAUGCCUCAGUCUUUGGCCUCAUCGAAGAUGCAGGUCUCGAUCCAAAGUCCCAGCAGUUCUCCUGGCUGGGAAGCAUCGUAUACAUUGCACAGCUGGUAAUGCAGCCUAUCGUAGCCGUGCUCCUAGUCAAGCUUCGCAUGGGGAAGUUCAUGGGCAUCAUGGUCUUCAUCUGGGGCUGCAUUUUGUGUGGGAUGGCUGGAGCGAAGAACUUCACUGGGCUCAUGGUGACACGGUUUCUGCUCGGUGCUUUCGAAUCUGCCGUGGCCCCCGCAUUUAUCGCUGUGGUUCAGAUGUGGUACAAACGUGGUGAACAAACCAAUCGAAACGCAGCCUGGUACGCUAUGCUAGGCAUCGUCAACAUCCUCGGGAGCCUGUUGUCGUAUGGCCUCGGACACAUAAAGUCGGACCUCCUCCACUCCUACCAGAUCAUCUUCCUCUUUUGUGGUCUCCUAACUGUCGUGGUGUCGGUCUUCGUGUAUAUCUUUAUGCCCGAUUCUCCGAUGGAAGCCGGUUUCCUCAAUGACCACGAGAAAAUGAUUGCAGUCGAACGCCUGAGAAUGAAUCAGAUGGGCGUUGCAUCUCGCAUCUGGAAAUGGGAUCAUGUCUUUGAAGCUUUCAUGGACCCGAAGACAUGGCUUUGGUUUUUCAUGCUGACUGCCGUCAGUAUCCCUAGUGGCGGCAUCACAACUUUUGGGCCUCUUAUCAUCCAGAGUUUCGGCUUUGGAAAAUUUGCGACUAUACUGUUCAACAUGCCUUUUGGCGCUGUCCAGAUCAUUGCGACAGUAGGAGGUGCCUGGUUGGCCACGUGGCUGAAGAAGAAGUCACCAGUUCUGAUCCUCCUUUGCAUCCCGCCAAUUAUCGGUAUCAUCAUCCUUAUGGUCGUCGGACGUGGUAAGGAGAAUCGUGGCGUGCUACUCUUCGGCUACUACAUGACAUCCUUCUACCCCGGCAUAUCACCGCUCAUAUACUCUUGGUCGGGCCAAAACACUGGGGGUGACACGAAGAGGAAGGUGACAACUAGCAUUCUUUUCGUUGGCGCCAGCGCAGGCAACAUUAUUGGGCCGCAUCUAUUCAAGCCUUCCGAGAGACCCCAUUAUUACCGAGGUCUACGUGCGAACCUCGCUCUAUUUGUCGCGAUCAUUGUGUUGGUCUUAUUAUCAGUUUCCUGGAUCAAGCUGCUCAAUCGCAAGCAUGCUGCGACCCGCGAGAGCAUGGGUAAGUCGGCUAUCGUUAUAGACACGAGCAUGGGAGACAGCCGACAGACGGAUGCAGAAGAGGUCGUUGCCAGCGGGGUCGGCGAUAAGGCGUUCGAUGAUGUUACUGACAUUAAGAACGAGGAUUUUCUGUACAUCUAUUAA